AUGGUGACUGGGAGCACCGGCACAAAUCGCAUGUUGGGGAUACCACACAUCAAGGACAUGAUCUACGAAAACCGGAAGACUUAUGCCGAAAAGCACGGGCUAGAAUUCAUGUGGGCGAACAUGACAAGUUAUAACUUCCCUGACGGCACUCCAAUCUAUUGGAACAAGAUCCCUAUCUUGAAGGAAGCGUUUGUACGCUAUCCAGAUGCGGAAUGGGUUUGGUGGAUGGACAUGGACAUUAUCAUCAUGAACAUGUCACUCAGCAUAUACGACCAUGUUCUCUCACCGGAGGGCAUGGCACGUAACAUUCUUCUUAAUGAAACUAUGCAUGGUCCUGGUGGUGGUGAGAUUGGCCACAGAACGCCAUUGACGUACAAACACGACGAUGUCAACUUCGUUAUUUCCCAGGAUAAUUGGGGCAUGGUCGUGGGAAACUUUCUCAUGCGCCGCAGUAUAUGGAGUGACUGGUUACUGGAUCUGUGGACUGACCCCCUUUAUAUCGCGCAAGGCUGGGUAUUUCCCGAGCAAGAUGCAUGGGCUCAUAUGUGGAAGUAUCACAAGAAAGUCAAGGAUCACGCAGUUUGCAUGAAGCAGCGUUCCAUGAACGCGUACCCGGAGUAUAAUUUGCUUGGGGAUCAUUGGAAACCUGGUGACCAUGUAAUUCAUUUCGCAGGCUGUGGGGGUGACUCGUCGUGUGAAAAUAAGUGGAACAAGUAUUGGAAAUUGCGUGAGAAAGUCGAAGUGCCUGUCUCUGUACGGACGAAGCUACAGAAUGGUACUGCGGAAAUUGAGAACGUCCAGGCAGGAGUGGGAUUGCCGCAGGACAUUUGA